AUGUCAGGGCUGUUCGAGGCCUUCCACCAGCUGCUGGCCCCAGCCCUGGAGGGCAGACCAGGUGCCCACAUCCUCGACGUCGCCAGCGCCAGUGGCGAGCCCGCAGCGACGCUGGCUGCGGCGCUGCCAAACGCUCACGUGGUGUCCACAGACGUGGCGCCGCCCUACCUGGAGCUUGGGCAGGCUAGGGCGCAGCAGCUGGGACUGGUUAAUAUCAGCUUUGAGACGGCAGAUGGCGAGGACCUGCACCAGUAUGCUGAUGACAAAUACGACUCCACCGCCCCCGCCAGCUUCACCGCCCUCCGCUUCAGCGACCCAAAGGAGCUGAUGGAGGCUGUGGGCAAUGCGGGGCUGCAGGAUCUGGAGUGCAAGGAGCUGCAGGUCGACUUCUUGCUGAGAAACGACGUGUGGUGGGAUGCAAUGCUCCAGAUGCCGCUUCCCAUCAAGGCUGCGGUGUCCAAAGCGCAGCAGCAGAGGCCGGGGGAGGAUGUAUUUGGAGAGGCGCGCCAAAAGAUGCAGGCCCUGCUCUCUGCCAAUGGCUGCCUCACCCCUGCUGGCGAUCUGGAUUGCUGCACCAACUCAUGCUGGUUGAUCAGCGCCAAGAAGCCAGGGUGA